GACUCCCAAGCCCGGGCUCUUUCCACUGAGCCACACUGCUUCUCUAGUAUUUAUUGGGCAUAUACCAUGUGCUAUUACCACAGUAUGAGUAUUAUUGUGUGCUUAUGUGCUUGGGAAUGUACAGUGCAACAGAUUUGGUGGACACGACCCCUACCUGCUAGUUCUUUACAGUAUGUUGGAGAAGAGAGACAUUAAAAUAAAUGACAGAGAGGGGAAGUGGCAGUGUAAAAGGAGAGAAGUUUUCUUGCUCCUCGCAGUUGUGGCUCAGCCAUCUCUAAUCCAGCAGCUACAACCUCCCCAACAGUUGGGGUAUCAUAGUACCCCAGAAUUCUUGCACAUCCUGCUUCCCUUUUUAAAUCUACAGGAAUGGGGAAUAUUGUGUGAUGGUCCCAGCCAAUGUAGAUUGGGUGGUCGUUUAGGGUUAAAGGCCAUUUUGGAAGGAAACUUUUUGAGCCCCAUGAAAGAAAGGGGUUGGGUCUGAUUUAAUUGUAUUGGCUAUACCCCAGCACUUAGUGCAGGGCUUGACACAAAGUAAGAACUUAAAUAAUAUUAUUAUUACUAGCAAUAAUAAUAAUAAUGGCUUUUAUCAAGAAGUUCCUUGGGAAUGGGGAGAUCUGAGGGUAAGUGCACUAUACACAACAAAUACAGCAAGAUUUAACAUUUCUGAUUAUAAUUGCAUGAAUCUCUUAAUUUUGUUAAUGUGCCAAAUAAAGUAUGAAUCAUUCUCUAUUUCCUAACUUUAGACAUUAUCCAACAAUAAGUAAAUCAUGGAUAAAUAUGACAUAAUUAAAAUGAUUGGGGAAGGAGCAUUUGGAAAAGCAUUCUUGGCAAGAGGAAAAGCAGAUAACCAGCAAUGUGUUAUCAAAGAAAUCAAUUUAACAAAGAUGCCAAUUCAAGAAAAAGAAGCUUCUCAGAAAGAAGUCAUCCUUCUGGCCAAGAUGAAACAUCCCAAUAUUGUAGCGUUCUUUAGUUCUCUGCAAGAGAAGAACAAGCUGUAUAUUGUAAUGGAAUACUGUGAUGGGGGUGACCUAAUGAGAAGAAUAAAUAGCCAAAGAGGAGUGCUGUUUUCUGAAGAGCAGAUUCUGGGUUGGUUUGUGCAGAUCUCUCUAGGACUGAAACAUAUCCAUGACCGGAAGAUCUUACACAGAGACAUAAAAGCCCAGAAUAUUUUUCUCAGCCAUAAUGGCAUGGUGGCAAAACUUGGGGACUUUGGCAUUGCAAGAGUACUGAACAACACCAUGGAGCUCGCUAGGACUUGUGUGGGAACACCAUACUAUCUGUCGCCAGAGAUCUGUCAGAAUAAACCCUACAAUAACAAAACGGAUAUUUGGUCUCUUGGCUGUGUCUUGUAUGAGCUGUGCACAUUAAGGCAUCCUUUUGAAGGCAACAGUUUACACCAGCUGGUUUUGAAGAUUUGCCAAGCGCGCUUCAAUCCAAUCUCCCCGAUGUUUUCUUCCGACCUCCGGCUCUUAAUUUCCCAGCUCUUCAAAGUAACUCCACGAGAUCGGCCGUCUGUUAAUUCCAUCCUGAAGAAACCCUUUUUGGAAAAGUUAAUUGCCCAGUUCUUGACCCCUGAGAUGAUGCAGGAGGAAUUCAGCCAUACACUUCUACCCAGAAAGAGGCCUUCAGCAAGUCAUCACGCGAAUAAGCCGGCUCAGGAUCCUAAAAAUCAGAGAGUGAAAUGCCAAGGGCGGUUUCUUCCAGCACCAAGGAUAUUGAUCUCUGCUGCCGAGAGGCAGGACUUACGACCCAGAAAGAUGUGGAACUCUCCUGGUGGAGCCCAACAACCCAUAUCUCAUCAAAGCGCCCAAGGCAGAGCGGUAGAAAGAGCAGAAGCCGCUCGAAUGGGUGGACAUUAUGACCAUUAUCAUGCUCAACUGGACAUCUUACAGAAGAGACCUGAUGAGCUGGACUGUCAGGAUGGUUCUCAGAUCGACAGAAGAAUGGAGGAAUAUUAUAAACACAAAGAAAGAUGGGUCCCACCUCCAGCUCAGUGGCCUGCUGAUUACCUUCAAAGGAAAUUUGAAGCCCAGCAGUAUAAACUGAAAGUGGAAAAGCAAUUGGGCCUUCGUCCGUCCUCUGCUGAGCCGACACCCAACCAGAGACUCAACCUAGACAGAAAGGGAGACCAGCCCAAAUGUCAGAAGCCACAAUCCAGAAAGAAUGUAGUUAAGGAAGAGGAGGCUUCCAGAGUGAAUCACAGGACCUACGUGGUCAAGCAGAGGAACCAGCCUGCUCUCAGCGAUGCUCCUCAAGGGGAAGACUCGAUCCAGGUGAUUGAAAGGAACUUGGAACAAAUCAAGCUGCUGAACAGAGAGGAAAGAAAAGUCCUGGAAAAGAAACACAAAGCUAAAGGAAGGGGAGGGGUCAAGUUUGAAAUCACUCUACAUUCCGCUCAUGAAAACGCCGCCGGGGAGGAGAUGGAAAACGACACAUUGAACGAAACUCUGACUUUCGUGAGUGGCAAGAAGCUCAAAGAGGAGCUCAGGAAGAUGCAAGUUGACUGUCCAGAAAAAGCUCCUCUAGGACUACUUUGUCCCAAAGCAGAUGAUCAGGUCUCUGUGGCUGAGGAAGUUGCAGAAAACAGGAAACAAUGGAAUAAAGAAGCCCCAGAGACACUGAUGAACAUCCUGGCAGCCGCGGAUCUGACCAGCGAUUCCUUCUCUGCGAGCGAAGGACAGUUUGAGGAGACAUUAAGAUGCUGGCUUCCCAAAGAAGUUGAGGGGAAGUCAGAAGCCGCCGCUGACAUCGAGGUGGAUGAAGAUCGACUUGAGCCCAGAUCAGAUGAUGAUGACACAAACUUUGAAGAAUCUGAAGAUGAGCUGAGAGAUGAGGUGGUGGACUCCCUAGAGAAACUUUUAAGUUCCAUAGAGGAGGAGAGGAGAGAAGAGCUGCCAGCCAAAACCCAAAGUGGAGAACAGCCUGAAACUGAAGAACGUUGGAGAAAGCAAACCUCUGAGAACUCACCUGAGGGUAGAGAACUCCACUCCGUUCCACCCACUGCGGAAAACAUGAUUUCCCAGGAGGGACGAGGAAGAGGGCAUGCCCAAAAGAUGCACGUGUGAGGAGUAAGUAUAUAGUCUUCUAGGUAAGAGCAGUUGAGCCUCAAUGCCACUGUCACUGAGCACGUGUGGGCAGAGGGAGGGAAGAGUAUUGGCCCAAGAGGUUGGAAAGACAGUUGACUCAGAGCGAGGAGUGGCAGGGAACGGGGAUGGCUUAGAGGCCCAGGGGCUGGGGGUCCUGGGGAUUGGACUAGUGUAUUCCAAGGGUGGGAGAGAGGCCAAGGUGCUGGUCAAACUGGAUGGGCAACCCAGGUGGCGAAGAGGAAGAUAAUUGGGGACGAGGUGGGGGUUGGAGCCGGGAAGGUAGGGAGGGGCCUGAGAAACAGACCUUGCUCCUUGUGGGCAGGGAUAAUGUCUUCCAACUUGACUGUCCUGGACUUUGGUAAGCGCUUAGUACAAUGCCCUGUGCACAGUAAGCGUUCAGUAAAUACCACUGAUUGAUCAGCCGAUG